AUGACCUCCCUCAAAGCCAUUGUAGCGUUGGCGGCUCUGGGCUGGUCCCUCUCAGCAGCAGCAGGGCCCCUCGCCUCCCCCAAGCGCGGCCUCGCCUUCACCCCCAACGAUACGACCCGUGUCGACGACACCAUCUGGAUCACCCAGCCAUCCUGCCUAACAUGGUACUACAACUACAAAGCCGAGCCCGAGCCGACCUUCUCCGAGUCCUUCUCCCAGUCCGAGUUCGAGUUCGUCCCCAUGAUGUGGGGCGCACCCGAAGACGCGAGUGACACCACUUUCUUGGAGACGAUAAAAGGGCUAGUUAAGAAAGGGAUUAACAUCACCAAUGUGCUGUCGUUCAACGAGCCGGAUGGGCCGUGGGAGUGGGGCGGGAGUGAUAUUGAGCCUGCUCACGCGGCGAAGGUGUGGGUGAGCAAUCUGAUGCCGCUGCAGGAGAUGGGGAUUAGGGUUGGGUUGCCGGCUACAACGGGUGCGCCUUCGGGCUUGGUGUGGUUGAAAAGUUUUCUAGAGGAGUGCAGGAAGCUAGUGAGCACGGAAAAAGAGAGCAGGAAUUGCACGUAUGACUUUGUGACGGUCCAUUGGUAUGGGAACUUCGAGGGGCUGGCGAGUCAUCUGGGGGAGUAUGUUGCUACUUUUCCCAACAAAACGGUCUGGGUGACCGAGUACAAUCUCGCACAUGCCUCUCUCGCCGAGACUCAGGCAUUCUACAACAUCUCGGCCGAGUAUAUGGACCGUCUGGAGGAGGUCGAGCGGUAUUCUCUGUUUGGCGCCUUCCGCAGUGACGUGUCGAACGUCGGCCCUAAUGCGGCCAUGCUCACUGCUGAUGGGCAACUUACAGAUAUUGGGAACUGGUACCUGGGACGUCCGGCAGCUGGGGUCAAUCCUGAGUCUCUGGGUACUCGGCUCAGUGUGGCAUGGGUAUUGGGCCUACUGGGUGUCGUCGUCUCCUUGGUGGCUUAA